GUAUCACAGGGAAUACACAAACAACGCACUCACAUCUUUACUCAGAGAAAAAAAGGCUGCUGACUGUCUCUGGAUUUAGGAAACUACGAUCGAUUCAUUAGUGAAUCAAAUUAAGAUGUUUUAAUAACAUAAGGAUGUUUCACUCGCAGGGAUAUGUGAGGGGAAGUUGCUCAGCCACAAGGACUCAGAUGCGGUAACUAAAGCUUAGCGCCUUCAACGAGAUAGUCGUGGAGAGGACCGUGUUGCCUUUCAGGUGUAUUUCCGCGCAGCCGCUGCUGCUCCAAAACAAAAAAGCAUAACGGGGUUUGAUUUCAGGCAGAGGAUGGUGGCAGAGAUGGCGAGCUGCGGAGCGGCUUGCCACCUGGAAGACGGAGAAGGAGAUAUCCCUGCGCCAGAUAACAAAGAUAACCUGACAGAAAGUGAUGGCAGCAGUUCAGAAAACACUGGAACAUCCACUGAGGACAGCUCAGAGGAAGAGGAUGAGGAGGAAGGUGAUUCUGAAGGCUGUGCUGAGGGGGAUGGAGAAAAGGAAGACAAUGAAGAGCCCAAUGCAGAAGACAGUAAAACUGGGUCAGCUGCUGGACCUGCUGCAGAGGCUUUAAAUGGGAAAGAUGAGGUUUUCAAAUUUUGCUGUGAAAAAUGCAAAGCCAUCCAGCAGACCCAUGGAAGUGAGCUUGUUACCCCCCGCAGGAUCUCAAAGGGACGAUUACAGGUGCAGCUGGAAGGGGAGGGCACAUAUGAGUGUUCAGUCACUGGCCUGGUUUUCGAAGCAACUGAGCGGGUUCUUGUGCGAUACUCUGUCUUAUCUUGGUCCAAAUUUGGGGCCUUCCUGCGGGACUCAUGGAAAUUUGCUGGACCCAUCUUCAAUGUGGACACGGUCAACAAAGAUGCAUCUGUUCUUAAGUCUCUCCAGUUCCCCCACUCUGUCUGCCUAUCUCAUCCAGAAGAUGACAUGAAAUUCAGCGUCCUGCACAUAAAGGAUAACCGUCCACUCAUUGAGCCGACAGUGGACCACUCAGGUAGCCAUGUUAAGUGGAAUGUGUCAUCCCUGUCACCUGUGGGACCCAUCAUUCAGACAAGCCAGCACGUUGAGCACCAUGGGGUGGUUCUGGUCUACAAGCAGCUUGGCUGUGACAACAGCUACAGUUUCCACGUCUACCUGGCUACCAACAGUGCAUCUGACAUUAAGGAUAUAGGCAAACAGGUGCGGAGCUACAAAAAUCGUUACAUUAAAAUAGAUAAGCCUCCGACAUGUAAACUGGAUGAGGGGACGUAUCGCCUCCUGAGCGAGCCGGAGGGAGAGAUCAAACCUCAGGACCUGAAAUUUACUCUUGCUGUGACCAAGAUGAAAGGAUACUUUGAAGCUUUCUUUGAGCAGGCGCCUCCUUUUAAAUUGUCUCUAAUCGAGAUUAACACUGAGGAGACAGUGUGGUCUGCCACCAUCAGAGAAGGUGACUGUGUGGAUAACACGGAAACAAAGCCAAAGAAAAGGACAAACUUAGGUAGAAAGAGGAGCAGCAGCCCCUCUGAGGAAGAAACGGCCUGUAAAAGACCUCGAUGGCAGGACGAGUCAGAUGGACUGAAAACGGUGACAACUCAGGGCCAGGACAUGACAGAGAAGCAGCUACUGCAGGUGGCCAAGCGGCUUGGGAAGGAGUGGAAGCAGGUGGCCAUCUACCUGGACUUGAACUCCAGGGAGCUGGAUGACAUCCAGGCAGCAGAGAAAGAUGUGACCAUGCAGAAGCUAAAGAUGCUGGUAGAGUGGAAACAGAGAAGACGGCCCGGAGAGGCCACAGCAUACCAGCUGUUGAAGAGCGUAGAAGAGCUGGAUGACCUGCCAAAUGAGGUUCAUCAGACACUGCAAGAAAUGAUGAACAAUCAAGAAGCUAAAUGAAAGGAGUUUAAUAAACUGCUUGACAUCUGUUGCUCCAUCAAAUGGAAACAACAAAAAUCUCAGGAAUGCAGCAUAGCUGAGUCAACCUGUGGACCAAAUGUCAGCUCUUCCUUCGGUUUGUAUUGUCAAACAUGAAAGAAUUUAUCGGCAUUUUAUCAUGAAGGCCACUGUCUUCAGUUUGGAGAGGUAUUUCAGGCUAAUCGUGUUUAGAUGUGGUAAUUUGAUUCUGUAAUAAAUACAGAAAAAGAAGCUGUGCCUAAAGGUACUCUAUGUAAUCAUGUUUAAAAAUGAGCAGUAGAGUCAGACAGGCCACUGAAAUAUUUAGUAGCUAAUUAUGUAGCCAGUAAAAGAUGUAAAUGCAGGUGCUGCAGUGUUGCAUUUACAAAAAUCAGGAAAGAUCCAACCUGUGUAUAUAGUUUCACUUUUGAAUGUUAUGAUAAUGGGAAUUUUCAUAAAAUAAUUUGGCAUUAAAUCACAUGUAUGUGACUGUUAAAAAAUUACAGACUGAACUUUGGAACUAUUUUGUUUCUUGCACAUUUUAUAUUUGUCCACAAUAUCCUGUAUAUAUUUUUUUUAUACCAAAAAUGUUCAGAGUCAGUUUAUUUUUUUUUUAGGUCUAUUGAAUCUUUUAUGCCUGUUUGUGUUUUGAUAACCAUGGCUCUGUAAAACUACAUGAGUUUCAAAAUUAUGUUUAUGUUGUUGAAUUUCAUCAGGAAUAACUUCCUGGCCGUUCGAAACUAGAACGCACAUUUUGUGUUUGUAAUGUAAAACUCUUGUUUGUGUAGAUGGGUACACUCUUAAACAACUUCAUACACACUUGAAUAUAAGGCAGCUUCUUUCCUGCAACACUCAUACUUUUUUUAAUAUGCUUUUAAAGGCAUAUUUCUCAUGCCACAAAAAAAACCCAAAACAAAACAAAAAAUAGCUAAUUACUGUUAAUAUUUUUAAGUUACCACAUUGAGAAUAGUGUCCCCUGUCAUGUCAACACUAUUUUAAGAAAGCUGCUGGAAUAUUAUCUGGAACACUGAAUCUUUUAGGAUUUUCCAUGCAGAUAUUAUGUUUACAUUUGUGAGUGUGUUGCUGCCUUAAGAAAUUUUCAUCUUGUGGUCCAGGCCGUCCUUUUUUUUACUAUCAUUUCUGUCGGGUCAAAAUACCUCCAAAAACAUCUUCUGUCAACUAAAUAAAACUAUACAAUGUGUCCUGAAUGUUUUUUGAUUGUUUAGAAAAUGGUACAAAGUAAAUAAAUAAGAACAUGAUUCUUA